CGAUCUACACAUCACUAGUAUAACUGCGACUCCUCAGAGAUUAGCAGCAGCACACUGUUGCUUUUUUUCAGCUGUUUUUUAGGGGGUGUUUAAUAAAUUUAAGAGUAAAACUAGACAUUAUUAAUGUAGUUUAGCGUUAAUGUUUUAACAUUUGAGUUGUGAGGCUUGUUAUAAACUGUCAUCAGAGGGGAAAUGACAUGUCAACGGCUGUAACGGCUGCUGAGCUGCUGUGUGUCUGACGGAGACGGAGUGAAACAACCAACUGAAGAAGUUUAUUACAGUUAACUCGAUAACAAAGAGAGGAGACGAGUUUUAUUCUUUAUUUUCUGCUUUUAUUCGACGCCUUCGAACAGGUUAAAGACCCUGGGAACUAUCUUAAAAUGCAACACGUCCUCGUCCACGCUGUUUGCAUUGUUAAAGGACAUGGAGCACGGAGAAGAACCAUCUGAGUAACUGUGAUUAACUUAAAUACUCAGGACCAUCGCUUCAUCAAACCUCCAGAUUUGAUCAACUAAAUGUAAAGGAUCGUUUGGUUUCAAGCUACCAUGGAUAUCUUUCCCCGGCCUAGCGGUGAAAUCCAGAGGAGGAACCCCCAGCAUGACUUUGAGCUCAUUCAGAGGGUGGGAAGUGGCACAUAUGGAGACGUGUACAAGGCUCGAAACAUACAAACUGGGGAGCUCGCUGCUGUGAAGAUCAUAAAGUUGGAACCAGGGGAUGACUUUUCCAUCAUACAGCAGGAAAUCUUCAUGGUGAAGGAAUGCAUGCACCACAAUAUUGUGGCCUACUUUGGGAGCUACCUCUGUCGAGAGAAGCUUUGGAUAUGUAUGGAGUACUGUGGUGGAGGAUCUCUGCAGGACAUUUAUCACGUGACGGGACCUCUCUCGGAGCUUCAGAUAGCAUAUGUCUGCAGAGAGACUAUACAGGGUUUGGGAUAUCUGCACACCAAGGGCAAGAUGCACCGCGACAUCAAGGGUGCCAACAUACUUCUUACAGACAACGGAGAUGUGAAGUUAGCUGACUUUGGAGUUGCAGCCAAAAUAACAGCCACCAUUGCCAAAAGGAAGUCCUUCAUUGGAACACCUUAUUGGAUGGCUCCAGAAGUAGCAGCAGUGGAGAAGAACGGUGGCUAUAACCAGCUGUGUGAUAUCUGGGCUGUUGGCAUCACGUCCAUAGAGCUGGCCGAGCUCCAGCCUCCAAUGUUUGACCUACACCCGAUGAGGGCCUUGUUUUUGAUGUCGAAGAGCAGCUUCCAGCCUCCGAAGCUAAAAGACAAAAACAAAUGGUCCACCGCCUUCCACAACUUUAUCAAAGUGUCUCUGACAAAGAACCCAAAGAAGAGGCCCACGGCAGAAAAACUUCUAUCGCAUGUGUACGUGGCCCAGACGGGUUUGACAAGGAGGCUUGCUGUCGACCUCCUAGAUAAGAUGAACAACCCAGACAACCACCAGCAUUACAGCGAGGUGGACGAUGAUGACCUUGAGCCCCUCUCUGCAGUCAGACACACCAUCCGCUCCUCCAACAAACAAGCCAGAGCUGAGAGGACGCGCUCAGAGAUCGACUCAAACAAUGGGACAAACCAAGGAGGGCGAUGCUCAAGUCCUAGCUUCACUGAGGGACACAGGGGGGACGCAGUCGACAAGCUCCAGUUUGAACCGCCACUCCGGAAGGAAACUGAGGCUCAUUCUGAAAUGGAUGUGAGUAAAGAUAAUGACUUCAAUUCCCCCUGGAGUCCCUUUGCCGAGGGAGGAAUAACAACCAGGAGCCUUCUCAAAAGCGUUGAGGACGAAUUGUUCCAACGGGGACACAUCGCCCAUCUUGAAGAUGCCUUUGAAGAAGUGGAGCUGUCAACUCUCAAGCCAGGGCUUCCUCCUCCUCUGCCCCCAAAGCUCUCCUCCGGGGCUCUGUGGAUUUCUCAAGGAAAGACACCACGAUUAACCAGCUCGUCAGAGGAGAUUGGCCUUAAUGACGAGAGGUCUCUGACGGUUCGGAGGUUCCCGAACUCGGAUAACGGACCGAGCCAGGUGGUUCGCAUACAGAGCACACCUGAGCACCUGGGCAACAAGGUGGAGCACUCGUCUCCAGAUUUCCUCUCCGUCAGCGUCAGCAGCCCCGGCCUUUUGUCUCAUGCCUCGGAUCCUGCUCUCAGUAAAUCAGAAUGUAAAGAUAAUGAUUCGGAUGACAGUGUGAAUGGAGGCAGUCCCAAGGCGCCACCCAACCGACAGCACCGGAAAGAAAAGAAGGAAUUCCCUAAACCAGCUAUCAACGGUCUUCCACCCACUCCGAAAGUACUGAUGGGAGCCUGUUUCUCUAAAGUGUUUGAUGGCUGUCCACUGAAGAUCAACUGUGCCACAUCAUGGAUUCAUCCAGACACCAAAGAUCAGUACCUAAUCUUUGGGACGGAGGAUGGCAUCUAUACGCUGAAUCUUAAUGAGCUGCAUGAAGCCACAAUGGAGCAGCUGUUCCCGAGGAAGUGUACAUGGCUGUACGUUAUCAACAACAACCUGAUGUCUUUAUCUGAAGGGAAAACCUUCCAGCUGUACUCCCACAAUCUCAUUGGGCUGUUUGAGCAGCUGAAGAAGCCCGGCCUGGCUGCUCAGUUCCAGACUCAUCGCUUCCCAGACAAAAUGUUACCCAGGAGGUUCGCCCUGACAACUAAGAUCCCCGACACAAAGGGCUGUCACAAGUGCUGCAUUGUGAGAAAUCCAUAUACAGGCCACAAGUACUUGUGUGGAGCGCUGCAGUCUGGGAUUGUCUUGUUGCAGUGGUAUGAGCCCAUGCAGAGGUUUAUGCUCAUCAAGCACUUUGACUUCCCUCUUCCCAGCCCCCUGAAGGUGUUUGAGAUGCUGGUGGUCCCGGAGCAGGAGUAUCCUCUGGUGUGUGUGGCCAUCAGCCAGGGCUCCGAGCCGGGCCAGGUGGUCCGCUUUGAGACCAUCAACCUCAACUCCUGCUCCUCCUGGUUCACAGAGAUGGGAACAAGUAAGUCAGCUCAUCAGCAGGUGGACGCAAUCCAUGUCACCCAGCUGGAGCGAGACACAGUGUUGGUGUGUUUGGACCAAAAUUUGAAGAUUGUUAAUCUCCAGGGCAGACUGAAGUCCAACAAGAAGCUGGCAUCUGAGCUGAGCUUCGACUUCUGCAUUGGAUCUGUUGUGUGCCUUCAGGACAGCGUCCUGGCCUUCUGGAAACACGGCAUGCAAGGAAAGAGCUUCAAGUCUAAUGAGGUGACCCAGGAGAUUUGUGAUCCAAGCAGAGUCUUCCGCCUCCUCGGAUCUGACAGGGUGGUGGUUUUGCAGAGCCGACCCACAGACAACCCCACAGCCCUGAGCAACCUCUACAUAUUAGCAGGUCAUGAGAACAGUUACUGAGCCUCUCCCAGAGGAAAGUGGAUCAGAUGCCUCAGAUUUUUGGGAGAAACCUCCGGACUUUCACCUCAGGUUCUGUGUGGAGGGAAACGUCUGGUUUAAAACAGUUAUUGGGAUCAUUUGUUACUGAUCACGGGAUCGACAGGUCAGUAAAAAGAGGAGCGUCUUCACUCUGGAUUCAUGAGUAGCCUUAACACCAGCAACACGUUCACCGUAGCUCCGCCGGUUACGAGCAGGAAGUGGAGAAACAAUAAAAGCUCGAAUGAACAUUGUUACUUAGCAUUUUUCCUCACUUUUUUCCGUACUGUGGACUGAGUUACAAAACAAGUUAUCUAGAGGUAUUAUUGACAAAAAGUGCCAUUAAAAUUCACAAGAAUUUGUGAUUGUAUUAGCAAACAGUGGGAGAUCUAUUGUGUUAUUGUCUGUAACAUGUCGCUCAUAAUCACAAACAUUAGUCGGCUUGAGAGGAGAUUUUACAAGCUCUGUAGUCAAACUAAUAGCUCAGUUUAAACAGGAACCCAUGAGCAUUGUGGGUUAUUUAAGCAAUAUUUAUUAACCUCAUGUUAAGUGAUAGGGUAUGUUUGAUUUACAGACCGUAUUAACGGACAGUGACGGUGAGGAUUAACUACCUAGUGAACAGAAGCUUUGGGUUACUUUUACUGCUAUGUAAUAUAGUCGCAUCUCUCCUGCUCUGCUGCAUUUUUAGAAGUUGGAUAUAAUGUACAUUUUUUUCUUUACCUUCCUCUUUUAUAGACCUUUUACUUCUCAUUAUUUGCACCAUGUAAGCACUUUUGUACAUUUUUUUAUUUAAAAUAAAAUGACAAAAUGAGGGACAAUGCUAGGUUUUUUUGCUAACAUCUUUGCAUUCCCUUCGCAAAAUGUUUUAAUGUAUGCUGUUUUUUGUAAUUAAAAAAACCAAGAUAACAUGAA